ACCUGUAUCAGACACCACCUUCCUUCACCUCCCUUCCACCCUACUCUUCUCUACUCACCUCCACAAUAAACAAAUAAACAAUGCCACCUCCCGUCGGACCCCAACUUCCUCCGGAACUACAAAAGCGCAAACGAGAUCAAAAUGACGACGGCUCAGACUCGGACUCAGAUUCGAGUUCCGACUCAAGUACUGGUCCACAACCUCCUUCAGCAGCGCCAGCAGCAACAGCACAAAAACCACAAUCUCCACCUCCGAAAAAAUCUCGGGUCAUUGGUCCUAGUCUCCCCUCUGCCUUUGCUGCUGCGACUUCUGUAGACGAACGACCGGUGUCACCAGCACAUAAUCAUGAAGAAAACAAAGACAGUGAUGACAGUGACGACAGUGACGACGACGAUGAUUUCGGCCCACAAUUACCCUCCUCCUCCUCAUCAUCCUACCCCACUGGCGGCGGUGACCGUCACUCACAAACCCAGACCCCUCUAACGUCCACUAUAAAACCCACACCCGCAAAACGAGAUGAAUGGAUGACAUUAGCGCCAGAAAGUGGCGAUUGGUCGCAACGUGUCGAUCCCACGAAACUCAAGAAUCGGAAAUUUCAGACAGGGCGCGGUGCAAAGGGACCCUCGUCGUCAGGUGCCAGUACGGGUGCGAGUGCAGAUUCGUGGCAUGAGACGGCGGAGGAGAAACUCGAGCGGUUGAGACGUGAGGCGAUGGGGAUUCAUGAUUCUGGUGCAAAGGGGAAGGGGAAGCGUGGCGAUAAGGUGCAUGGUCAUGGUCAUGGCGGUCAAGAGGAUGAAGCUACGGCACGUCGUUUGCGCGAGUAUAAUGACAAAGCUCGUGGUCCAGCUCUAUACAAUGCCCAUCAGAAGAAUCAAACCGAACUCGACGACGACCCCAGUGCUCGGGCUUUCGACAGAGAAAAGGACAUUGCGGGUGGCUUGCAGUUGAAUUCCACCCAGAGAAGAGACAUGGUCAAAAAGGCUACGGAUUUCUCCUCGCGCUUCAGCAGUGCCAGAUACUUGUGA